CCUCUUUUAGAUUCUUCUUGCACUUCCACCAUGGUUGUAGAUCUGGGUGUCCUUCGUAUGAGACUUAGGCUUCCUGACAACAUCGUAGUUAGGGUUUGCCCCCAAGACGUUAAUAUUACGACCGGCGCCGGCCUCCUGCCCGGCGAAGUCUUAUUCACAAACCUUCAACUGAAUGUUGUUAGGUUCCCUCUGCACCCUUUCUUUAGUUACGUCUUCAACAGAUUGGGGAUAUCCCCUCUGCAGGUCAACCCCAACUUCUUUAGGAUCAUAUCUGUUAUGCUCUUAUUGAUGCGUGACAGAAAUCUGGACCUUGACCUCAUAGACCUCCUUCUGUGCUAUAAGGUCAGUAAGAUCCGUACUAACGAGCCCUUCUACCACCUCUACCCGUUCGAGAAGAUGUCCAUAUGCACUGACACAAUAAAAUCUGAAAAGGGUUGGAGGGAUAGCAUAGUGGGUAUUAGUGGGGCUUGGUCUUCGCCGGCUGCAGAGGAUUACCCUAUCCCGAGCGCCUUUGGUGUCUGCUCUGUCUCCUCCUAUAAAAAAUUCAAAUCCCAUAAACACGACUGCCCCUGUGAAACAUGCGUUCCUCGUUUUUGCACUUACUUAUGCCGCUCCUUGGGAAUACCUUGUGAUGACUUGAGCUACAGUGUUUGCAGGGAUAGGACCAACUACUUGAAGAGAUACGUUCUGAACGAUAUUCCUUCCUGCUCAGAUCUCCUCACUUCAGACAACCUCUUCGCGCUCUCAUCACUCGGCUACAAUAUGAGCAGACUGCAGAUUCCCUCUUUUGGCAGGAGGAAAAAUACUCCCCCAGUCAUUCCUGCUGCUGGGGCGACCUCCUCUCCAGCGUCGGCUUCUUCUUCAGCCACCAUAUCUGACACUGCCCCGAGCGCAGUGGCUACUAACCCUGCUGCCAGCGCCCCUGCGGCCAACCAGAACGCGCCCUCCCCAGCUACCAUAGCUCCUGCUGCUGCGGGGGGCGGUCGGGACAAAGAGCGAGGCAAAAGGCCUCAUCCUGACAGUGAAAUCGACCCUGAGGAGGAGCCUCUUAUUAGAAGGACCCGAGUCUCUGGGCCGGGUACUCUCUUGCACCGAGCGAUCAGAGCUCCUUCUCACUCUGGGCCUCCUGCAGCUGGUGGCUCUGCUUCUGCUUCAGGCCCCCCUUCUAUCCCCAGCUUGCCGCCAUGGGCCCCUCGGUACACUCGAACGGAUGGGACGUUCGUGAAACCGAACGAGACCAUGCUGAAGGAUGGCCAGACCGCUAUGGCCUACUACAGGAGCAUGUGGACUCCGAAGGACAUUGAGGCGGCAAAGGGCCUUUCCCAGAAGGACGUGUUCAGUCGCUUUCCCCAAUCUGCUAUGGAGACAUUGUUUGGGAUGAUGGCCAUGCAGAAGCAGGUGGAAAUGGGGAACGCCAGGGCCCGAAAGUAUUCUGACAGCCUGGAGGUGGCUAAUAAAGAGAACGACCUCCUUGCCAUGAAGAAUACCGAGGCGCUGGUUCGGCUUGACAAAGCCGAGCAAGAGAGAGAUGUCCUGAAAAAGGAGAAUGAUUCCCUUCAGGAUGAGAAGGACGCCCUCCAGCUCGAGAAGAGCGUCUGGCAGACUGAGCAGGAAUCACUCCGAGAAGAGAAGGCAGAACUCCAACCUCCUCCUGCCACUCUGCCACUGACCGCUCCCCAAUCGUCGACCGUGGCUCCCUCUGUAGCCACUGCUGACGCUGAACCCCAGCCGAACGACUCAGUUAUUCACCUGGAUUCCCCACCUCAUGAAGGUGAGGCGGCUGAUGGGGCCGAGGAGGCGAGUCGGCAGGACCAGGAUGGUGUUGGUACUGAGGCGUCUAGCUAG